GAAGGAGGCGGAGGACCAGAGAAGAAGAAUUUGCCGGUUGUACUCGUAGACGGGAACAGGUGUGUGUGUGCGUGUGCACCUCAUAAAUCAGUGAGUGUGACAAUGGUUCUGAAGGAGGUUCCUGCAGAGAACCUGGCCCGCCCCCUGGGCAGGAAUGAGGUAAUCGGGCUGCUGUUCCGCCUGACCAUAUUUGGAGCUGUCACCUACUUCACCAUCAAGUGGAUGGUGGACGCCAUCGACCCCACCAGGAAGCAGAAGGUGGAGGCUCAGAAGCAGGCAGAGAAGUUGAUGCGUCAGAUCGGGGUAAAGAACGUCAAACUGUCUGAGUACGAGAUGAGCAUCGCAGCUCACCUUGUGGACCCGCUCAGUAUGCAGAUCACUUGGAGGGACAUCGCCGGUCUGGACGAGGUGAUCACGGAGCUGAAAGAGACGGUAAUCCUUCCAGUCCAGAAGAGACACCUGUUCCAGAAUUCCAGACUGCUGCAGCCUCCCAAAGGCGUGCUGCUCUAUGGACCCCCUGGAUGUGGUAAAACUCUGAUUGCCAAGGCAACGGCGAAGGAGGCGGGGUUUCGCUUCAUCAACCUGCAGCCAAGCACGUUGACGGACAAAUGGUACGGAGAGUCCCAGAAGCUGGCUGCCGCCGUUUUCUCAUUGGCUGUCAAACUGCAGCCGUCAAUCAUCUUCAUCGACGAGAUCGACUCGUUCCUGAGGAACCGGUCCACGUCGGACCACGAGGCCACGGCCAUGAUGAAGGCUCAGUUCAUGAGUCUGUGGGACGGCCUGGACACGGACCACCACUGUCAGGUCAUCAUCAUGGGGGCCACUAACCGUCCCCAGGACCUGGACUCUGCCAUCCUCCGACGGAUGCCCACCAGAUUCCACAUCAACCAGCCGAGCGCUGCACAGAGGCAGCAGAUCCUCAGACUCAUCCUGGACAAUGAGAGGGUGGACUCCAGUGUGGACCUCAGAGAUGUUGCCAUGGAGACUGAGGGUUUCUCAGGAAGUGACCUCAGAGAGAUGUGUCGUGACGCCGCGCUGCUCUGCGUCCGGGACUUUGUCCACAGCCAGAGCGACAGCAUCUCGGAAGACACCAUCCGUCCCAUCGCUCAGACGGACCUGCGGACCGCCGUCUCAAAGAUGAAGCAGUCGAAGACUGCGGGCGGUCAGGGCGCACUGCUGCACGCCGCUCUGGACUGAACGCACGGGUCACCACUUCCUGUUGACCACGGUUCUACUUCCUGUUGCCUCCAAAAACAAAGGAAGAAACUGCGCUUCACCGUUACACCUCUGCUGUUACCAUAGCAACGACCUGGGACCACUCAGAGGUGCUCUUAUUGUGAAAAUCCUGUCCAAGCCUGGUUGUUAAUCAGAAGUUGGGAGUUGUGUUGCUGAAGUGGACUGGACUGACCCGACAUGUUCAUCAGUAACUGAUCAGAACCAAUAAAUCAGCUGAUCGUUGAUUACGUUCAGCUCUCAUUCAUCCUUUUAUCUGAUUUUAGAUCACUUCCUGGGCGGAGCCUGAAAACCUUUGACGUUCCACACUAGAAGAAAUAUUUAUUUAUUUCUGUUAGUUUGUUUACAUUUUACUGUGGA